AUGGUAGUUAGGCGGAAAGUACAUGUUCUUCUAAUUGCAAGGAGCUUUCAUUCCUACACACCUUGCUUCAGAGUAACUACCAGAGGCAAACGACAGCGAAGUAAGAGUAAGCAGCAAGCAAAAGUAGAACUAGAUCACACACGAGAGCUAGAUAAUGAUCAAGCUACAGAGACAGUUGUAGACCGUUCGGUUGGACCGGAGAAAGAUAUAGAAUCAAUAAACAAAGACUUUCUGCAACGAACAAAAGGAUUAGAGCCUGAUAUUGAAUUAAAACAACUGCCUCAAAUUAAACAGGAAUUUAACCAACGUUAUAAAGAUAGGUAUGUUAAACCUUCCGAAGAUUGGUACGUAAACUCCUGGAGGUCUUUAACAAAACCAAAAAUUCCGCUUUACAAGUUAAUAAAUUCAGAUUUUCAAUUAAUAACAAAACUGAAAGCUCCAAACCCAAUGGAAUUUCAACCUGUUCAGCUAAUGGAAAGUCCCUUAAAUGUUGGUGACUUUGUUCUUUUAAAAAUGAGACCCAAUGAAUUGGCGAUGUGUGUAAGUCUUCCAAGUAGCACUAUGGAUCCUCGAUACACUUUUGUUACUAUUGAUGGAACUAUGUGCUUUGCGACCAAAAACCGGGUGUUAUUGAGGAUUCCUCACAAAUUACCUGCUGGAAUCCAUUCACUUAUACAGCCUGAGAGCCAUCACAAACAUUUGCCAAUUGGAACCGUUAAGAACUUUUCUAACCAAACGAAUAUUUUGCCUAUUGUAGCAAGGCAGCUAAUAACAAGUAGGUAUCCAGCCCAAAUUUCAAAGUUGGCCUGGAAAGAUUUGCCCAUUACUACCAAAAAAUUACAGUUACUCCACAGAUCAUUACAAAAUUAUAUGGGUCCAUGGCAGAUUCCUUUUUUUACCCUAGUCGGAUUAGUUCAGAAAUUGGAUUUAAAUAAAGCCUUGGACGAUAAAAAUGGAAUAAAUUACUUAACUAGUUUAGUUAAUAACUAUCACACUGUAAACGAUAUACCAAUAAAUUCACCUACCUUUGUUUCCACGUACUGGGCGAUUAUGCAACAACAGGAAUCGAACCUUUGGGGGGAAAUCCAUCUGAAUACAGCGUUGCUGUCGCCUAUAUCAGUAACGAUUAUUCCCUUAAAAUCACAACAUUUAUAUUAUGCGCAGGUGAUAGAGAAGCUAGAAGCCAACAGUUAUAGAGAGGUCAAUAAGUUUGUAAAAUUGGUGAAUGAAAGGAAAUAUCGCGAUAUAUCAGCUUUAUAUCCUUCUGUGAUCCAAUUAUUGAAAGAUUUUGCUGCUGGGAAUUUUCACAAUAACGGAAUUAUAGUAGCUUUGAUCUCAAAAAUAUUCAGAAAGAUAGAACGCUAUAAGGAUUGUGACAUCACAAGAGAUAUAUGUCAAGAUUUAAUCAAUGAGAUAACACCCAACUCAAUACCCAAUCCAUUGUUACUUAACAUGGAUUUAGCAUUACCUGCUUCCUCGAAGUUAGUGAAAUGGCAACAAAAACUCUACGACUUAACUAAUAUAGAAGAAUUGCAAUGGAAAAAAUCCGGCACUGAUGACGAUAGGUACGAUUUUGGCGAUCUUAGGGUUUUUUGUAUAGACUCUGAAACUGCGCAUGAGAUUGAUGACGGCGUGUCGGUGAAAAACUAUGGUAGAGAUGGACUGUACACUUUAUAUAUUCAUAUUGCGGAUCCAACUUCUAUGUUUCCGGAAAGCACUAAUGUUGAUAUUGAGGGUAUAAGUACAGAUAUCCUAAAUGUUGCCUUGAAAAGAUCAUUUACCACAUAUUUACCAGAUACGGUUGUUCCUAUGUUACCUCAAUCUAUUUGUCACUUAUCAGAUUUGGGGAAACAAGGACAAAGGACGAAAACUAUAUCCUUCUCUGUUGAUGUUAAAAUCACUUCUAAAUGCAGUGGAAAAUCAAUUGAAAUUAUGUAUGACAGUUUUAAAAUCCGGAAAGGCAUUGUGUCCAACUUCCCAAAGGCCACUUAUGAAGAUGUUGACAGGAUACUCGGUACACCCAAUAGCGAAGCAUCACCUGUCAAAAAGGAUUUGGAAAGUUUGUCCAUGAUUUCCAAAUUAUUGAGAGAACAACGUAUAAAAAACAGUAAUGCUGUUAUUUUCGGGGAGGGCUUUAAUAAGGGCCUAGUGAUGCUAAACGCCGAUUCAGAAGGAGAACUGACUGAGGUAACAUUUUCGGAUCAAGAGGAGACGCUGUCUACCAUUUUGGUUUCAGAAAUGAUGAUCUUGGCGAAUACUUUAACGGGUAGAUAUUUUGCGGAGAACAAAAUCGGUGGUGUGUUCAGAUGUUAUAAACAGUUACCACUGGGCGAAGUAGCACAACAACAGUAUGAUUCUAUGAUAACAAGUACAAAAAAAGGAAUUUUUCCCAAGCUAAAAGAUAUCGUUAAGCUUUCUUCAUUGUUGAACUCGAGUUUUUAUACAGGUCGACCUUUUAGACAUGAAAUGAUUGGAGCUAAACAAUAUUUGACAGUAACAUCCCCUCUUCGUCGUUUUCCAGACUUGAUAAAUCAUCUACAAAUUCACCGUCAUUUGCAGAAAAAGCCUCUAUGUUUUAAUCAAACACAAAUCGACAGUUUGAUCUGGCCAAUUCAAUCUCGAGCGGAUAUUUUAAAAAGGGCUAGCCGUAAUUCGUCGACGUACUGGACACUGAAUUAUUUAAAAAAGCUAACCAAACUAGAGCCAGAAAGGACUUUCGAUGUAAUGGUAACAUCAGUACCGCAGAACGGAUUUACUGGAUGUGUUUUUCCAGACUUAUCGUUCGCUAGAGGAACAUUAAAAUUGCAUCCAAGUUCUAUGCAUUAUCCGAUGAUUGGAGAUAUCGUGAAGAAUUGUAAAAUUUCAAAAAUUGACUGUUUAGAAGGAAUGUUAGAGUUGGAAAAGCUAUAA